GAACUCAAGAAAUCCUUGGAGUCGCAGAUAGCGGGACUCGGCAAGGAAGUCGUCGCUGCAGUUGAGUUCUUGGACAAGCAGAAGCCGGACUCCUUCGCGGAUAAGACCUUCUUUGCAAUCCAUGGAGAGAGAAAUGCAAAGAAAAUCAACAAGAACUUGCGGGAAUACCAGCAAGAUCUUGCGCAGCUGCUCAUCUUGGCCAGAGAUUAGAAGGAACACAAGCACGACCAAGUCAUGCUUUCCAGGAAGAGUUUUGUGCACUCGGAAAGCCAAGGAUAUACCCCCGUGCCUUUCACGACGAACAUGUUUACUGCAAAGGCCGAGUACAAACAGAACGAGGCCGAUCAAAGAUAUUCGCAAACAUCCGUCAUCGUCGAGAAGUACCAGAAUCAAGGCAAUGUCACGUAUCGUGUCCUGGACGACAUCGCAUCCCUUUUGUGCUAUGGCGUAGAUGAGAGUACAAGGAAAGGCGUUCUGCGAUGCCUUGGUUUCCGUCUAGAACCGACUCCAGAGCUUGUGUUCCAACUCCCCAAAAACGUCGAGGGACCGCAAACCUUACAGACUUUGAUCGCAGCAGAUGUUGGAAAGGCUUCUGGAGGGCCUCAUUCUGUCAAUUACCGAUUUCGUCUCUCACGCCAACUCUCCGAGGCUGUUCUUGGGGUCCAUUCCGCGGGCCUGGUCCAUAAAAACAUACGCAGCGAGACAAUCGUUCUUCUCAAGCCAAGGCUCGAGGGCGCAGACAAGGACGCAAGCUAUGCAAUCGGAUUUGGAGACCCUUAUUUGAUGAGUUGGUAUCAUGGACGAGCUAUCGAGGGCAAUCUUUCCAAUAUGGCUGGGAGUACCGAUUGGACGGAGAACAUCUACCGUCAUCCCGAACGGCAAGGAGUCGAAGUCCAGGAUAGAGUAAUGGUUCAGGAAAGAUACAACAUUGGUCAUGACAUCUACAGUCUCGGGGUAUGUCUGUUAGAGAUUGGCCUCUGGGAUCCUCUUGUCCGAACGAGAACGGCGAACGGCCAAUCGCAGGUAUCAGAUUACUUUCGAGCAGCUGCCAAGGUCGAUAGUGCACCGGACCCAGACGCUGCUCUUCGUGCAGCGUUGAAGAUUCCCAAUAAAGUGAAAGAGAUAUUGCUUGAAUUGGCGGAAAAGGAAUUGCCUCGGAGGAUGGGCCUUAGCUACACCCGACUCGUCGUUGCGUGUAUGAAAGGUCUUGAUCAUCCUAGUGGAUUUGGACCAAGCGUUGAUUUCACAGCGUUUAACCGGACUUAGAAUGGGCUUGCCUUCAAAGAAUUGGCUCUUGGUUUCUUUACCGACAUGUUUCUAUAGGUUGUCAUGCCUGAUUGCGGCGCGCCAUAACAUGUUGGAAGACCUAUAAAACGGCGUCGCCAACGUCAAUUCUCGGAGGGGUAUUUACCAGAAACCUGCGGUUAUGUGUAAAUCUCCUAGAAGGUCGGGGCUUUGUAUUACGAUUAAUGGAUGAUGGAUGAUGGGAUUGGAGCGACGUGGAACAAGGUUUUAGAAUGACCUCAGAAUCAAUCACGU